AGAGACAAGGACAACAGCAGCAACAACAACAAUUGUGACAACAAGAACAGAACAACAGAAACAUACAGAACUACAUCAGCAAAUAAAUGUCUGUGAGAACUAUAAAGACGAACAAGGACAUAAGGACAAAGGACAAAACAAUAUCAACAACCACAAUGACAACGCUGUCAAUGACAAUCACACAUAAUAGUAGUAAUGAAAUGAUGAACUAUGAUAGUGAACAGAAUGAUAAUUACUGUAAUGCACAUCAUUGUAAAAAAAAACUAUAGUCAUACUGCUGAUAUCACACAUUGGAAAUAUUGUAAGUAAGUCGGACAAUAUUGGAUAUCAGAUAUCGGCAAAAAAGCCAAUAUGGGACAUCCCUACUUCUGAAUCAUUGAUGAAUUGACCCUGGAACAGACUAUUUCUCUUCAGGUGGAUUCUGUGAUGAAACAAAAGGGAUCGUCUGACCUUGGAGGUCAACAUGUUACGUUUUACCAAACAGAAGAAAGACAACAAUAAAGACAAACAGUAACUUGCUUCCUGUUUGCAAGCCAACGCUGUCAUUCUGAAAUUCAAGGCUUCCGCCUCCUUAUUCCCACGUUUCAUCCUGAACUUCCACGUCAAACGCAGGCAAAGCGUGAAGAGCGAGAACACGAGGUGGUGGUCGAUGCAAUGCCUUGGCCCGCUGUGUGUGUGUGUGUGUGUGAGUGUGUGUGUGAGUGUGUGUGUGUGUGUGUGAGUGUGUGUGUGUGUGUGUGUGUGUGAGUGUGUGUGUGAGUGUGUGUGUGUGUGUGUGUGUGUGUGUGUGUGUGUGUGUGUGUGUGUGUGUGUGUGUGGGUGUGUGAGUGUGUGUGUGUGUGUGUGUGUGUGUGUGUGUGUGUGUGUGUGUGUGAGUGUGUGUGUGUGUGAGUGUGUGUGAGUGUGUGUGUGUGUGUGUGUGAGUGUGUGUGAGUGUGUGUGAGUGUGUGUGUGAGUGUGUGUGAGUGUGUGUGUGUGUGUGGGGGUGUGUGUGUGUGUGUGUGUGUGUGUGUGAGUGUGUGUGUGUGAGUGUGUGUGAGUGUGUGUGUGUGUGUGUGUGAGUGUGUGUGAGUGUGUGUGUGUGUGUGUGUGUGAGUGUGUGUGAGUGUGUGUGUGUGUGUGUGUUGUGUGUGUGUGUGUGUGUGAGUGUGUGUGAGUGUGUGUGUGUGUGUGUGUGUGUGUGUGUGUUUCAUCUCCAUCUUGGCACGGGCACCGCUGUUCAUGUCCAACACCUCCCACCAUCCCAACUGAUGCCCAGGCAUGCACAACCAGUUUCCCACAGGACUGCAAUCUAUUUGUGGCAGUCCUCUCAGUGACACCGUCGUCUAAUUUGCAUCAUUGGUCAUGUUGUCAUUUUAUAGACGCCGUAGGAGGAAAAAAAACAUGAAAAGAAAUUUGUUUUGAAAUGCAGAUAAACUUUCUUUUGUCGCUUCUUUUGGUGAUUUUUGUUCCUGUCACAAGGCGCCUUUGAGUGCUUUUAGAUGGGUCGUUGCUCUCCUGUUAGCCUCCAGAAUCAUCCAGUGAGACCAGAAGAAGUUGCUCAAUUUGUCAGUAGCCUUUUUAUUAAAAAUCUCAAUCUCGAGGGGUCUGAAUAAUUGCUAAAUAUCAGUUGGCAACACUGAUCCCCCCUGCUACAUGUUCUUAUUCUCUGGUAGACCAGGUGCAUAUGAGGUGUGUUGAGAGGCUGCGUUACGACCCCAUCUGCUGUGCCGGGUCAGAAUGACAAGCUACAUUCACAGACAGCCCCCCCACCCCCAGCGCAAGAAGAAUACGUGAGGAAAACGCUCUUGGGUCCGAGUCACUCUGACGAUUCUUCACUCAUGCGUGAAAUGAAAAAUGACAGCAGGCUCUAUUUUAAAACCGCACUGAUGUUGCUAACUUCAUCACAACUUUUAUGUCCAAAGCAAAGUCAGCUAAAUAGCACUGAGCAGUAGCAGCAUACACCUGCUAAUAUUAGCAUGUAGCAUGUAGCUUCACACUCCCGUCUCACAAACAGGAUCUUUGGCUAGCAGAGCACCUCUGUCACAUAUACCUGUAGAGUAUCUCGGACUUGUGAUUUUUGCAGUCGGUCCUGAUAAACAGCACAGCCCUCCUGUCUCAUAUAGAUGAUCUCUGACAAGCGUUUUUGCAAAGCGCUCCUGUGACAGAUUGAGGAUGUUUGACUUGUGAUUCUGCAGCAACAUUAGCAUGUAGCGUUUAGCUUCCAACUGCAAAGCCACACCUGUCAUAUAGAGGAUCUUUGACUAGAGUUUUAUUUUUUUUGCAGCUGCUCUUAAAAACAGUAAAGCACUCCUGUCAUCUACAGAGGAUCUUUGACUAGCAUUUUUGCUGUGGAUCCUUCAAAACAGCAAAGCGCUCCUGUCAUAUGUAGAGGAUCUUUAACUAGUGUUUUUUUGUUGUUGUUGUUGUUGCAGCUGUUCCUAAAAACAGCAAAAGCAUGCCUGUGAUACAGAGGAUCUUCGACUAGCAUUUCAGCUGCAUCCUUAAAAACAGCAACACACCCGUCAUAUAUAAAUCAUCUAUGUCUAGUGGUGUUUUUUUUGCAGCUGUCCCUAAAAACAGCAAAGCGCUCUUGUCAUUUACAGGAUCUUUGAUGAGCCUUUUUGCGACGGAUCCUUCAAAACAGCAGCGGAUGCACUUUCUGAAUGUUAGCAUGUAGCGUUUAGCUCUGGGCUCCUUCGUGAAGCACACACUAAACCACCAAGCAGCAUGUGUGGAAAUGGGGCUACAUGCUAAAGCUACAUGCUACAUUUCACCCGCUACUUUGAACCAGCAUAGCUUAAAGUCCUUUUUAGGAAUCCCCACUCAGCCUCGCUGGAGGAGCUCGUUGAGGGAUGAUGGGAUGCUUGUGAUGCUGUGUGUCGCCGUCGUGUCGUUCCAAGCUUUGUUGAAGCUCGCCAUUUAAAUGGGCUUGGUUUGAAUGUGAGCGCGCUAGCGCCUCAUAUUCCUGUUGCAUUCUAGAAAAACGUGGCUCUGCUUUCUGCUUUCUUUUCUCCAGCAGCACAGCUAGCUUGACGCUGCUAGCAUGAUGAUGCUAACGUCUUGAAUGGGCCGCCGUCAUUGUCAUCAUCUUGAAUAACACAGCGUGGCUUCUGUGUACUGUGUUGUGUUGUGUUGUGUUGUGUUGCCGUGCACGUGCUCACAUUGUUCAAGCCUCUCUUGUGCUGCAGUGUCCUCACAACAUUGUUAACCUCCCCACCCCCCUUUUAUCGGAUCAGGAUGUAAAAAGUGAUGCAUUGUGGGAGGUGCUAAUCUAAUCCCGAUGCUGAGGGCGGAACAUCUCGCCACGUGAUUGUAGAAUUUCUCUUAAUAGAGCCACACCGUCGCCAUUAUCACACACACACACACACACACCCACACACACCCAGUGGCGUCACACACUCAUGUGACACACACUCGCACGCCUCUUUUACCACCUUGCUCAUUCAUAGAUUGUCCCCCCACCGUCAGGAAAAUCCACACUGCGUGAGCUUAAUCCUUCCAUGCAGACGCUUACCCAGCGCCGACGUGCACGCCGCAGACGUUUGCUGUCAGGAGGCGAUGGAUCGCACUCCAGCAAAAUGCGGAUGCACAUUGCAAGGCUUCUUACAUGCGGCGGCUUGGCACAAUAGACAAUCUUUGAAGCUGGCCUUUCAAAACACGCAGCCUUGAUCAGCCACCUUCAGGACCUUUUGCAGUUGGUCCUUCCAAACAGCACAGCACUCCUGUCAAAUAGAGAAUCUUUGGCCAGCGUUGUUGGCGGUACAGUAAUCCCUCACCACUUUGCUGUCCGAAUUCUGUGGCUUCACUCUGUCAUGGUUUUUCAAAAUAAAUGAAUCAAUACAUUGCUUGGUGGUUAUGAGUCACAUAAUAUGCCGUUUUUCUUGCCACAGGUUCCUAAAAACAGCAGAGUGCUCCCGUCAUUUAGAGGGUCCGUGAAGUCCGUGACGCCAUCAAAGCGCUCCUGUUACAUGGAGGAUCUUUGACGAGUGUUUCUGUGCUGUAGGCCCUUCACUUUCUUUCUAUGUAGAGGAUCUCCGUUUCAGUAAUGGAGGAUCCCGGAAGGAGCUCAUUGGUACAGCAUGCGGCCCCUCCUCAUUUUGUGUUGGUGUUUUGUUGCCGUGGCGAUGAAAUGGGAGAAGAAAGACAUCCAGUGGCUGAACAAGCCCCCCCCCCCGCUGUGUUUAAUUCUCCCUGCAUUCUUUCUACUCUCGUCUCCUAGCGGGCAGUCAAGAUGCCGUCAACACUUUGUGUCGCAGCUCGUGAGGUGUGAGGUCGCACCACGGGCGCCGUAAAAGGGGGAGAGUUAGGACAGUUCCAAGGGCCAAAUGACAUCAUUUUGCUAUCUGGUUGUGAUUUAUUUUUAAAUUUACUCACAAACGAUGAAAGCAGUCUGUUAUGCUUGGCAGUAAGAGUUAAAUGUCCACAUUGGCUGACCACCCCUGACACGCCCGCAGCAUGAAAUGGUUUGGUCCACCACUAACGUCACCGGGCUUCUGGCGGAGCAGAGGGAAACUAUCCCAGCCGUGCCGAGUAAAAUAAAGUCUGCAGUCCAGGAAGGAAAGAGAAGAAGUUAAGACAAGAGAAGCUCGUUUUUGUUUUUUUGUUGUAGCCUAGCCAGGAAAUGAACGUGUUAGCUUCGUGUCCACAAUGAAAUAACAUUCAACCAGCGCAGGUCCUUGGGGGAGGUGCAUGGGCAGCGACUGCGGUCCCGGCGGCAGCCAAAGCCGGGCGGUGUGGUGUGCCCACGUGGACGGCUGGACCACGCUUCACACCAACUGCGACCAGGCCCAGCGUCCGUCCAACCAGAGGAACUGCUUCCGAGUGUGCGACUGGCACAGGGACCUUUACGACUGGCGGCUGGGGGCCUGGAACGAGUGCGUGUCGGUGUCCGGCAGGACCUCGGGGGCCCCCCGUCCGUUCACCUGCAGCGGAGGUGAAGAGGGCAUCCAGACCCGGGAGGUGGGCUGCAUUCUCAAGUCAGAUGGAUCUCCAGCUGAGGAUGCCAUCUGUGAGUACUUUGAGCCUCAGCCCCGCCUGGAGCAGGCCUGCUUGAUCCCCUGUCCUCAGGAUUGUGUGGUUUCUGAAUAUUCCCCGUGGACUUCCUGCUCCAAAACCUGUGGAACCGGCCUCCGGAACCGGGUCAGGAGCGUCUUGGUCCCUCCGCUUUUUGGGGGAGCCAUCUGCCCCAACCUCACUGAGUUCCAGUCUUGUAAGCCGGGGUCUUGCGCCGGCCCAGAAGGCAUGUACAGUCUCAGGGUCGGGCCCUGGAGCCCCUGCAUCUUGCCCCAGACCCGGACAGCGCGGCAGGCCAAGCGCAGGAAGGGUAAAGGUCAGGGAGGGGUCAAAGAUCCAGAGACCAGGGAGCUGAUCCAGAAGAAACGGACCAGGAACCGCCUAAACCGGCAGGAGAGUUCUUUCUGGGACAUCCAGGUGGGCUACCAGACCCGAGACGUCACCUGCAUUCACAGGAACAGCAGCUCUGUGGGACGCAGCCUGUGCAUCCAGCGGGAGGCGGCGCUCACCAUCCAGUCCUGUGUCCUGCCCAAAGACUGCCAGGUGAGCGACUGGAGCGACUGGGGCCUCUGCUCCAAAGCCUGUGCCGACCCCGCCUCCCCCCGAGGCGACCGCACCCGAAGCAGACAGGUGCUCCAGUUCCCCGUGGGCGACGGCGCCGAGUGUCCGCCGCUGGACGAGCGGGAGCCGUGCGAGCCUGAGGGUGACGCCGUGACGCCGUGCGCUGCCUACACCUGGAGGACCACCGAGUGGGCCGAGUGCCGAGUGGACUUGUUGCUUAGCCAGCAGGACCGUCGGCGUGGCAACCUGACGGGACUUUGUGGUGGAGGUCUGCAGACCCGAGAGGUCUACUGUGUCCAGGCCAACGCCGAACUCCUGAAGUACAUCAAAGACAUGAGAGAAAAAGACAAAGCAGCUCAGACCCAAAAGCAACAGAAGCCUAGUGUCCCCCCCCUCCUGUCCGUCUCCUUCCAGAUCACAGCGUCACGCCCGGUGGAGAACUGGCUGUGCGAGGGUCCCAUUCCCGAGCGGUCCCAGCUGUGCCAGGUAGCGUGUCCCAUCGAGUGCCAGGUGUCGCCGUGGGGCGCCUGGGGGCCGUGCACCUUCGAGAACUGUGAUGACCAGGCAGGAAAGAAAGGUUUCAAACUGAGGAGGCGCCAGAUCACCAACGAGCCAACAGGAGGCCCUGCGAAUUGCCCGCACCUGGUGGAGGGGCUGCCCUGCGACGAGCCCGGCUGCUACGACUGGAGCCUGGUGGGGUUGGACCGUUGCAUCCCCGCCGAGCAGAGGCCGUGCGGGCCCGGCACGCAGCUGGCACGGGUCCGGUGUGCCAACAGCCACGGAGAGACGGUGGACAAAAGUCUGUGCUCGUCCACGCCGCCUCUGGAGCCCGUGGCCUGCGAGGUGCCUUGCUCCAGGGACUGUGUGCUCAGCGAUUGGACAACCUGGUCCACCUGCUCCCAAACCUGCUCCAGUAAAACCAUGGAGGGCAAGCAGAUGAGGACUCGCUCCAUCCUGGCCUACAACGCCGGAGAGGUCACUGCCAUGGUGGUGGCCUGGAUCACAGUCAUGGAGGGUCUUUCACGGGUGCCGAAGUUUCCUGAGCUUUUGGGUGGCGCCCUGUGCCCCAACAGCAGCGCCCUCCAGGAGGUGCGCAACUGCAACGAGCACGCCUGCACGGUCUACCAUUGGCAGACGGGGCCAUGGGGGCCGUGUACCGAGGACCCCUCCACUGCCUCGUCCCUCAACGCAUCGGUGGCGGCCGCCCCGACCAGCACGGGCCCCGGUAGCUGCUCCAAGGGGAUGCAGACCCGGAAGGUCAUCUGUGUGCGCGUCAACGUGGGACAGGUUCCCCCCAAGAAGUGUCCAGAUGGGCCUCGGCCCAGCACAGUGCGACCGUGUCAGCUGCCCUGCAAGAAAGAUUGCAUCAUGACCCCUUUCAGCGAGUGGACUUCUUGCCCCGUGUCCUGUGACGCAGCUGGUAACGCCGUGAAAAGGAAGCAAUCAAGGAAGCGUCUCAUCAUCCAGAUGCCUUCCAACGGAGGCCAGGACUGUGCUGAGCUGCUGGAGGAGGAGAGAGACUGCCAGCUCCCAGAAACAUGUCCGGGCUUCAGGUGGAAAACGCACAAAUGGAGAAAGUGCCAGCUGGUCCCGUGGUUUCUCAGGCAGGACCGACCCGGCGCUCAGGAGGCCUGCGGGCCGGGACUUCAAACACGAGCUGUGUCCUGUCGGCAGCUGGACGGGACGCAGGUGGACGUCAGCGAGUGUCUGAAGUCGGCCAGGGCCAUGCCGGCCAUCACUCAGCGCUGUCAGCUGCCCUGCCAGGACGACUGCCAACUCACCAACUGGUCCAAGUUCUCGUCCUGUUCGGCCGACUGCGUGGGGGUGCGCACCAGAAAGAGGGCUCUCAUCGGGAGGAGCAAGAAGAAGGACAAGUGCAAGAACACGCAGAUGUACCCCCUGAGCGAGACCCAGUACUGCCCGUGCGACAAGUACAACGCUCAGCCGGUGGGCAACUGGUCCGACUGCAUCCUGCCCGAGGCGGGCCGAGCCGAGAGUACGCUGGGGCUGAAGGUCCAGGAGGACAUCAAGGAGUGCGGACAGGGCUACCGCUACCAGGCCAUGGUGUGCUACGACCAGGACAGCCGGCUGGUGGAGACAUCGCGAUGCAACAGUCACGGUUACAUCGAGGAGGCGUGCAUCAUCCCCUGUCCUUCAGACUGUAAGCUCAGCGAGUGGUCCAACUGGUCUCGCUGCAGUAAGUCCUGUGGCAGUGGCGUCAAAGUGCGCUCCAAGUGGCUCCGAGAGAAACCUUACAACGGGGGACGCCCCUGUCCCAAGCUGGACCACGUCAACCAGGCUCAGGUGUACGAGGUGGUUCCCUGUCAAAGCGACUGCAAUCAGUACGUGUGGGUGGCCGAGCCUUGGAGCAUCUGGAAGGUCAGCAACGUGGACCUGAAGGAGAACUGUGGCGAAGGUGUCCAAACCAGAAAAGUCAGGUGCAUGCUCAACACCAUCGAUGGCCCAUCAGAGGGGGUGGAGGACUACCUGUGUGACCCUGAGGAGAUGCCCCUGGGGGCUCGCGAGAGCCGGCUACCCUGCCCGGAAGACUGCGUGCUCAACGACUGGGGCCCGUGGAGCCGCUGCAGCCUACCAUGCACGAGGAGCAAAAGCCGAGCACGUGCGACGUACACGCUUCGCUCGCCCAGCGUGGGAAGACUUUGUCCCAACAACACCGAGGAAGAGCCCUGCAGCCUCAACCUCAACUGCUUCGACUACUUCUUCAACAUCACAGACUGGAGCACGUGCCAGCUGAGCCCCAGCGCCGUGUGCGGGAAGGGAAUCAAGACCCGCAUGCUGGACUGCGUCCGCAGCGACGGCAAGUCUGUCGACAUGAAGUUCUGCGAGGAGAUGAGUCUGGAGAAGAAGUGGCAGAUGAACAUCUCCUGCGUGGUGGAGUGUCCCGUCAACUGUCAGCUGUCCGAAUGGUCGGCCUGGUCCGAGUGCUCACAGACGUGCGGCCUGGAGGGUAAGAUGUGGCGUCAGAGGUCAGCGGUUCAGGCCUCGCAGGGCGACGGCCGUCCAUGUCCGUCGCAGAUGGAGCAGUGGAAGCCUUGUCCCGUCCGUCCAUGCUAUCGCUGGCAGUACAGCUCCUGGUCCGAGUGCAGGGUGGAGAGCGUGGUGUGCGGUCACGGCACGCGCUACAGGAACCUGACUUGCUUUGUGUCGGACGGCGGUGAGCAGGGCGAAGGCAGCCAAGUGGACGAGGAGCUGUGCGGCGGCCUGGAGCUGUCGGUGGACGGCGACAAACGCAUCAGACUGAAGGAGGCCUGCACGCUGCCCUGCCCAGGUGAGUGCUACCUGAUGGAGUGGUCGGACUGGAGCUCCUGCAUCAGCAUCUGCGUCAAGGAGGCCGGUGUGGACUUUGUUUCUGUUCGGGUCCGCUCGAGGGCCGUGUUGGCCCAGGAGCCUGAGAACCUGCAGCUGUGUCCAGACCAGGCCUGGGAGUCUCAACCCUGCACAGGAGGUGAAUGUUACGAGUACAAGUGGCUCAGCAGCGCUCGACCCAACUCCUCCCGCCCGCUGAUCUGGUGUCAGCGCUCUGACGGGCUCAAUGUCACCGGCGGCUGCCCUCCCGUCACCCCCAUGGUGGAAAACAGCGCCUGUGACCCUCCUUGUGUCCCGCCGACGUCUUUCUGCAGCGAGGCGGGAGUGUGCACGUGCGAGGAAGGCUUCACGGAGGUGCUGUCCCCCAGCGGGCUGCUGGACCAGUGUGCCCCAAUCCCCGUCCUGGAGAUCCCCACAGCGAGUGACAAGAAAGGGGACGUGAAGACCAGCCGUGCCAUUAACCCCACGCUGCCCGCCACCACGCAGCCCGGUCGCACCGGCCGGACCUGGUACCUGCAGCCCUACGGACCAGACGGCAGCUUGAAGGUUUGGGUGUACGGGGUGGCGGCCGGAGCCUUCGUGCUGCUCAUCUUCGUCGUGUCCAUGAUUUAUCUUGCUUGCAGCUACUGUGCCAGGGUGCAUCGCUCUCUUGCGGCCCAAGAGUGCGACGCCAACGGGGCGGUGGUGUGGACGGGCCAGAACCCCCCCGGGAUGGUCUACACCUGUCCCGACUGCCAAGAGCUGGCUCAGAGCAGCGGGAGCAGCUAACCAGCAAGUGGAGGGUUCACAGCAAGCCUCGCACCCCCCGCCCCUCAAAUCCCCUCCCAGCACACCCCUCCAGUUAAAGUGCCUGCCGCCUUUACCCCCUGGGGGUGGGGGGUCAUAUGACCGACCUGAAUAGCAGGGUGAGAUGAUGGAGAAGCAAGAAGCCAAAGAGACCUCAGAGACAGAGGCAGCAAAACAAUCGUCUCAAACCUUUGACGCUGGCCUACGACGGGGACACGGACAUGUAGUCGGGACGGGGGCUUUCUUGUGCAUGAAGGGAGCCGUGCCACAGGCGAGGAGAAGGAGACUUUUUUUGUAAAGAAGCCCCCCACCCUUUUUUUUUUUUUUUUUACAUGUUUCUUUUUGCAAGAGCCUUCAUGACCUCUGCAGUCUUCGUCAAAUGCCUUUUUUUCUCGCCCAUCAUCCAGUAAACUUUUCCAUCACAAGCGGCAGAAGACUUUUCUGCUGAGUCGCUGGAGGCUUCGGACGCUGCGACGCUUCUACGUUGCCAAAAGUCACCGCGGGGAAGAAGAGGAGGAGGAGAAGGAUGAGUGGGGACGUGGGGGGGGGGAUCUCCAUAAAGGGGUUUAGAAUUCCUUCUCCUCAAUCCUUGCCUGGACUCCAAACUCCUGGCAGUGGAUGGUGGACAAAAAGGGACAUGUCGCCAUGGAAACAGGCUGUGUUGAACGUGCACUAUAUUAGUGCAGCGCACGGAGCAGGAAGACGUGGAACGGGAUGGAGAGACUUUCUUGGGGGGGGGCAACCUUGUGUGGUGUGUCAUCCAGUGUCUUCACCUUCAUUUGUGGCCACAAGGGAUGGGAGACACUGCUAAUCUUGGUAUCACACCGAUAUCAAGUCACUACCGGGCCAGAACAGUCAAACCUCAGUUUUCAUAUGAUUUGUGUUUUGUUGAAAUUUUUCCCCGAAAUUUGCAAUAUCGCCCGUGACAAACUAGUCAGUUAGCCCCGCACUGUGUCGUCACGUGGAAUGGAGCGCCCAAACCAAGCACCCUCCGCGUCGCAGACUCACUGUCUGUGUUUUUUAUUGAGUGCAACUGCUAAAUAACCCGCCAUGGGGCCAAAACAAAGUUGUGCCAGCAAUUUGAUAAAGAAGGUGAGAAAUGCCAGGAUGUGCAGGAAGUCUGCACCAACAAUAACUUCCAUCCGUUCCUCUUAGAAUUAUGUUGCGUUGUUUCUGCAUGUGAAACGAGAAUGAUUUUCUAUAAAAUGUGUUUUGUUUGUUCAGAUUUUUGGGUGCCUGGAAUGGAGUCACUGGAUUGACAUUAUUUCCUAUGGGAGAAACUGCCGUGGUUUUCAUACGUUUCGGUUUUCGUCAAACCUUUUUGAACGACUUGAUAACGAAAACCGAGGCACUGCUGUAUUGCAGAUACCGCUACUUUUUUUACUCGAAAUUUUUCAAAAUCAUUGAAUGAUUUUGGUGAUCAGUCCAGGGUGUACCCCUCCUCUCACCCGUAGUCAGCUGGGAUAGGCUCCAGCCUACCCGUGACCCUAGUGAGGACAAGCGGUACAGAAAAUGGAUGGAUGGAUGAUUUCGGUCAUUUGUGAAGAAUAAUAUUUGCAUCACCACACGCAUCUGCGGACAGCUGAGUCAAGACACACAUGACGCACUGCAGCGAUGCCACCAAAAGAAAACUGUACAAUGAUUCCCUCUUAUUGCAUACAAUUGCAAAAUAACAAAACAAAAGCAAGGAUUACUGUUGGCUGUCAUUCAAAUCCUUUCUCUUUUUUGCCCCCAAAGCCAACAAAGUACAAAUACGGUGAACAUACCAGAAGGAUUUUGUGUGAUUCGGUUUCCAACAAAAUUUUUGCCCAAAUUCUGCCUUGGUUUUUGUGCACCAUUUCAGCAAACGAGUCUGUUUUCCCAGUACUGUAUCGUCCCUGCGGAAUGGAGCGCCCAAAUAAAAGCACCCUACGUGUUGCUGACUCACCCAUCGUCUGUGCACCGUGCACUGUUAAAUAACCUGCCACGGGGCCAAAGAGAGUUGCAAAUGGCAGCAAUUUUAUAAAGAAGGUGAGAAGCUCUAUUGAAUUCAAGAAUGAACGCAUCGCAAAAUACAAAGACAGCGUCCCCCCUCCCUCUCUAAUAAUUAAAUUAUGUUUGUCAUUUAGAAUUAUUUUUGCGUUACUUCCUGCAUUUGCCUAAAACUCUAACUAUAUUCUUGAUAAAAAAACGUAUUUGUUCAUAUUUGUGUCUGGAACUGAUGAAUUGGAUUUACAUGAUUCGCCGAUCGCUUCAGUUUUCGUACGUUUCUGUUUUUGUCUGACCUUUUGGAACGAAUUCAUAACGAAAACCGAGGUAGCGCUCAUCUAUUUAACAAUAAUAAUAAUCAUGGAUUCCAUUUUUAUAGCGCUUCACAAUGAAGUGAAGCCGUGAUGCAUUCACUUGUCAAUGGUGGUCAUGGAAAUAAGGAUGAAGGAUUCAACAAGCUUUACUCCUUCUUGAACAUGCAGAAUUGUGAAUUGUGUUAUGUGAUGAGCUCCAGUGUAAUUGUGUGUAUGUUCAAGAUGAAUUAAACCAUUACCAUCUACAUGUGUAGCCUCAGCUGCCCCGGGGUGGCCUGAUGGACACGUGGCUGCCAGUUAGCACCCAUGGCCUCUCUGCCCACCCCCAAACAUUCACUCACUUGAACACACGUGUGGGCAGCGCUGGAUGCCAGGUGGCUGAAGUGUCACAACAACAGUGACUGGGUGGAGAAACCUUGCGGUUUCUGGAUGACCUGCUCUCCCUCCUGAGGAGUCGCCCCGUGUCAACAAUACAACCAAAAAACACAGAUUUUUGUUCAGAUAAACAGACGAAAACCCCAAAAAACAAGAUCUCGUCACGCUAGAAUCGAUCCGGUACAACCCAUGGUGUUGAUAAUGUUGAUAUUUGGGUCGAGUCGCCCGCCUCCAGUGGCCACAUGCGACUUAAAGGUGGACCACCGUGUGCACCA